AUGAACGAGGAUGUCACCACUGUGAGCCCUACGCUAGGGUUUAUCAUCAAAACUAUUGAUUUUAUGGGAUACAAACUCAACAUUUGGGAUGUGGGAGGCCAAAAGACCCUCCGCUCCUACUGGAAAAAUUACUUUGAAAAGACCGACACGCUGGUCUGGGUGGUAGAUGCGACCGAUCGCCUGCGUGUGGACGACUGUCGCCAGGAGCUGGCUGGACUGCUCCUGGAAGAGCGCUUGAUGGGAGCCAGUCUCCUGGUCUUCUUGAACAAGACUGAUGUGGAACAUUGCAUGACGGAGGAGGAGGUGUGCGAGGUGAGUGAACCAUAUCUCCUGCAGUGUCCUCGCUGUCCUCAAAGCGGGGUGACAUGA